GAGCCCUUCUACAAUGGAGCCUACAAGGUUAACAACAUAGAGCUCUAAAAUACCUAGAGAGAGCUAUUCGUUUGCAUCCACAAAAUGCAUAACGCAGCAGUCCCAUAAACAUUCUAUGGGCUGUUCACUGGCAAAAAGACAAGAAGCCGUUUUUGUUUUUGUUUUGUUUUAUGAAUGUCUAUGGGGGAGAUGCUUCAGUGCGCUGAAUAAACUGCUUUUGUAAUGAAACAGUUCAUCACUUAAUUAAUUGACCGCCUGUCCACCAAUCUUCUACAUGUUUACACUAAAAAAAUCCCUUUGGGAUGAACUAUGUGUGGAUUUUACUACGAUAAAAUUGCCGUUUUAUAAGAGAAGACGAGGACAAUUGUGCGACAGGAAUCUCUGCUGGGAAGCUGAAAAAACUUCUGUGUGACGUCACUACACUGGGACAGGAGGUAGCUUUGCCCUUCUCUGGAAAAUUAAAGCCAUUUCGAGCUUCAGUUAAGGUCGACUUUUUUCUCCGGUGCCAUGUCUCUUGCUGCAGAGGCUUUCGUCUCUCAGAUUGCAGCUGCUGAGCCAUGGCCUGAAAAUGCCACUCUGUACCAGCCUCUUAAAGAGGAUCAAAUCCUGCUGUCCGAUUCUGCAUCCUCUCUGGCAGUUCAGACAUUCCUAAGGAUGUGCGGCCUGCCAGUGCAGGUGUCAUGCCGUUCCAAUGCUGAAUACAUGUCACCAUCAGGCAAGGUUCCUUUCAUCCAUGUUGGUAAUCAAGUUGUGUCAGAACUGGGGCCGAUUGUGCAGUUCACAAAGGCAAAGGGUAAUUCUCUGAGUGACGGGUUAGAUGAUGUUCAGAGGGCUGAGAUGAAGGCUUACAUGGAGUUGGUCAAUAACAUGCUGCUGACUGCAGAGUUGUAUAUCCAGUGGUGUGAUGACUAUACUGCUACAGAGAUUUCUAGGCCACGAUACAGUAAUCCAUACUCCUGGCCCCUCAAUCACAUACUGGCCUAUCAGAAGCAGUGGGAGGUCCGGAGGAAGAUGAAUGCCAUUGGAUGGUCGGGAAAGAGUCUGGAGCAGGUGUAUGAAGAUGUGAGUCAGUGUUGUCAGGCCUUGUCACAGCGACUUGGAACUCAGCCCUACUUUUUUAACAAGCAGCCGACUGAACUGGACGCUCUGGUGUUCGGUCAUAUCUUCACCAUACUCACCACACAGCUGACCAGUGAUGAGCUCGCCGGAAAGGUUAAGGGUUACAGCAACCUGCUUUCUUUCUGCCAUCGUAUUGAACAAACUUACUUUAAAGAGCACGAACGAGAGAGCCAGUAAGGGUCCUCGUGCCAUUCCAAAGGCUCACUCACCUGAGCUCCACGUCUUGCCCAACUUUACUCCCUCCCCUGAUCUGAAGUAAUGAAAUGAUUGACUGCUUAAUUAUCCUAUUUGUAUCAAAAUACUUGAUUUUAUUGUAUAGGAGUACUACUGAGGUUAAAACAUCAUUAUAAAUCAAUGGGAAGGAGAAAAGGGCAUUAAAUAAAGGUUUGUGAAUAUUCAAAGUCUUCCCAAUUACCCCUUUGCCUGGUUGGAAUGCCAUAACAAGAGUUUGCCUGCUGGAAUUGUUUAAUUAGAUUGAUGUAUAUGUAAACUUUUCCACUGUGUGAUUCCCUUAUCUGAUAUCAUCUGUAAAUUGAAAGUGCCUACAAAGUAUAAUAAAUUACAAGUUGGACUUCUGUUUGUUUUUUGUUCUCUGUGUUCAUUCAUAUUUGUGUUACUCUGUAUUAUAGAUAUGUAAUUUUCAGGUGUAGAAAUUAAAGUGUUUGAAUUUCAA